AUGUUUCUAGGCCCAUCAGCGACAGCAACAAUCACGCCGACCCUCUUUGUCGUCCCCUUUGAGCAGAACAGCGACAUUGUCGACCGCCCCGAUCUCUUCACGAAACUCGACGGUCUCCUCCCGCCCGUCGCUGAUUACCAGAGCGCCGCUCUUUGGGGUCUUGGGGGCUCUGGAAAAACACAGAUAGCCCUCGAAUUCGCUUACCGCCGAUCCCGCGAAACAGGCUGCUCCGUUUACUGGGUCCACGCAGACAACGCAACGACGUUUGCACAAGACUAUGAAAAGAUUGCGAGCAAAGCUGGACUCGCCGGGACAGUCCAAGGCAAGGGGCUGCUGAGGGCUGUACGCGAAUGGAUAGAGGCGCAACCCCGCUGGCUGCUCAUCAUUGACAACGCAGAUGAUCUCAGCAUCUUUGGCGUUGGAAAGAGACCGGCUACCACACAAGCCACGGCUGAUGAGAUGUGCUUGGACGACUAUAUUCCCCGGGCCCCCGUCGGCACCGUGCUCUGGACGAGCCGCGACCAACAGAUCGUGGGUAGUCUUGUAGGUGCCCGACGGGGAGUGGCAGUUGGCCGUAUGACCGUCGAUGAGGCCACGGCGCUAUUCGGUGUAACGAGAAACGAUACCGCUACUGUUAACGAGAAGAACGCUGUUUCUGAGUUACUAGUUCAGUUGGAUCACCUCCCCCUCGCCGUCUCACAAGCCGCUGCGUACAUCCGCCGAAGGCCCACGCCGGUGGCGAAGUACUUGUCCAGGCUCAAAGAAGGGAAGAAAAGGUGGAGAGUUCUGAAGAAUUCGGAACACGACCGACACCGUCGGCGUGAUAUUCCAAACAGCAUCCUGGAAACGUGGACCAUCUCGAUGGAACAUAUAAGGCAGGAGGACGAUAUGGCAUACCGGAUCCUCCUCACUCUUGCCUAUGUUCACAAUCAAAAUAUCCCAGACAGUCUUAUCAGGGAAGCAGCGCGCCGAGACAUCGUUGAAGACUUGCAAAUUUCCAAAAUCGCCAACUCAUCUACGGAGAGCGAGGACGAACCAAACGACGAUGGCGGCUUGAGCAGUACAACCUCACCCACAACGAGCGAGGGUGAGUCGGAUGACGACGACGACGAAGCUGUUUCAACUGCCGUGGCUCGGCUGAGAGAAUUUUCAUUCUUAUCCGAGCGGAAAGACCAAUCCGUUGGGCGAACAUACGAUAUGCACAAGCUUGUUCAAGAUGCGGCACGGUACAGCUUGAGCCAGAAAGCACGACGGCAGGAAGCAGCGCAGUAUUCCAAGGCCGCACUGCUUCUUGUGUCAGACCUCUUCCCCCCGAGAUCGAAGGAAACAUGGAAGGAAAGCGAGAUGUGGCUUCCUCAUGCAUCGCAAACCAGUGAGUGGGCCGAAGCAUGCAAAGCGGGCACAGAUGAAGAGAUCGCAAAUCUUCUGGUUCAUGUGUCUGGCUACCUGUUCGAUCGUGGACGGUGGAACGAAAUGGAGCCAGUAGCUAGGAAGGUGUUCUCAUUGAGGCAGAGAUUUCUCGGAGAGAGGGAUCCUGGUUGCAUCUGGAGUAGGGCUAACCUUGCACUUACAUACCAUACCCAGGGGAGGUACGCUGAGGCAGAAAAGCUCAAGACAGAAGUACAAGAGCUGCGACAGGAGACUCUAGGGUAUACUCAUGUUGAAACUAUUGAGAGCAUGGCUGAACUUGCACUUACAUAUCAUGCUCAAGGGAGGUAUGGUAAGGCAGAAAAGAUUCAGAAAAAAGUACUAGAACUGCGACAGGAGACUCUAGGGCGUACUCAUGUCGAAACUAUCAAGAGCAGGCGUGAUCUUGCAAUUACAUAUUAUGCUCAAGGGAGGUAUGGUGAGCUAGAAAAGCUCAAGACAGAAGUACAAGAGCUGGAACAGCAGACUCCAGGGCACACUCAUGUUGAAAGUCUCUGGAGCAUGGCUAAACUUGCAGCUACAUAUCUUGCUCAAGGGAGGCAUGAUGAGGCAGAGAAGACUUUUUCAAAAGUUCUAGUGCUACAUCAAGAGGAUUUUGGGGAAACACACCCUCAAACACUCAUGGCUAUGCAUGGACUUGCAAUUACAUAUAGUAUUCAAAGGAAGUAUGAUGAGGCAGAGAAAACUUUUUCAGAACUUCUAGUGCUACAGCAAGAGAAUUUUGGGAAAACAUACCCUCAAACACUACUGGUUAUGGAUGACCUUGCUUCAACAUAUCAUGAUCAAGGGAGGUAUGAUAAGGCAGAGAAGAUUGCUUUAGAAGUGCUGGUGCUAUGGCAAGAAAAUUUUGGGGAAACACACCCUGACACAGUUAAGGCCAAGGAUAAACUUGCUGCAAUAUAUCAUUCUCAAGGGAGGUAUGAUGAGGCAGAAAAGAUCAAGACGGAAGGCCUAUAG